AUGGUAAAUUAUGAAGUUAUCAAUCCAGUCAUCAACAGGGCGGAUUCUUCCCCUGUGCCCACAGGUCGCACCAUAAAUUCCACUCGGCAUGGAAUCCACAAAAACAACAAAGAAACAUCAACAGAAACUACAAGUGAAGGACUAAUACCGGACGACACGACGCAGAUUUGGGUCUUCGAUGGAAAGGACCCUGACGCACCCAUCCCUACCAAGGAUCCGUCUAUUUCCAAUUUGAGGAUCUCCCAGGCUUCCAUCGCCCUGGGCCAAAGCAAAUACGAUACAAAAAAAAAAAAAAGGACGACUAAAGAGCUGGAGAGGACAACAAAGACGCGAAACUACUGCACGGAAUUCCUGCCUACAUGGAGCUCCAAGGAGGAUCAGGGGCUGAGACGGGUCAGGUGGUUAUUUAUGAAAGGUCCAUACCCCUACACAGGAUCGGCCUGGUCUUCUCGGAGGUCGUAUCUCAAGAUUUAGAUUUAAUUUUGCUUGGACUCGGCGCGAUUUAAUUAUA